UGUUGUGCUCUCCAUUAUUCCCUCCUAUUUGCAGCUGGAAGAUGUAGAGUGGGAGGACUGGGAAUGAGGGGAGCGAGAACGAGCAGCUCCCCCACCCACAGCACCUCCCACGUCCCUCAUUCAUCUCAGUCCAGCCCUGGAAGAUACUGACUGAGAAUGUUUUCCAAAUGGCCUCUGUCAACCAGAGCUCUGCACACAGAUUCUGGGUUGCUCCUUGCUGGCCCUUUAGGCCUCUGCUCACAUCUGGGAAGAAGCUCACUAAAUCCAAACCAGGAACUCUGACUUGUGCCAACGACAGAAUGACUUAAAGGGGAGGAUACCUAGCCCCAUCACCGGAAGAACCUACAUUUCUCUGCGGAAACACCUACUGUUGCUGGGCAGUCCCAAGGGAUAGCUCUGGCCCUUCUGAAGCCUGUAUAGACAGAAGCUAAACCACCAGUCUCUUGGAGGAAGUGGAGACCAUAUACUCUGUCCACCCAUAAGCAGGCAAGGGAGGUCAUCCACCUGCCCUUGGCUAGAUAGGGAUGGCAAGCACAUUCUGGUUCCUGUCCCAGUUGGUGAGAGGCAUUUGUCUCUGGGAAAUUUGCCUCUCUUGGGAAUCUCUCCCCGCCCCAGGCAUUUUCCAUUCCUGGAAAUCUUCCUUGUGGUUCAGAAUCUAGAGACCAAACCCUGAGUUCCCACCUCCUCCUCCUCUUCAUCAUGCCCGGGCUGGUAUGUCCCCAAUGCCUCUCCUAGGGCUUAGUCUGUCAGAUGCACCCAAGUCCUUAGUCCAGCUGUGCCACCUAUGAGAGUCUGCCCCCCCCAAGAAGGGAAGGGGCCACUUCAGGCCCUUCUGUGCAUUGCCUAGCAGGAUACCUUGUCCAACCAACUACUCACCUCGAGUCCCCUGUAGCUUAGGGCACAGCCAGCUACCAGUGGUACAGAGCAGCAAGCAAAGCUGAGUACUUACAACUCAGGUAAGUCCAACUUCUCCGCCUCAACCCUUCUGCAUCUUGAAGGGAUCUGUUGGGGAUGGACUUCUUGAGACUUUCAUCAGGCUUCUGCAAAAGCUCUUCUUCUUGAAGACAGACCCAGUCUUUGUGGGUCUUACCCUCCAUGCUGGUAAAGCUGUACCUCUCUUGGGGGAAUGAGGGGCUGUAGGAAUGCCUGAAGACCCUGGUGCUUCAUGCUGCUGCUCUGGUGAUUCUUGUAGAUAAUCUGGUAUGUUCACCAAUGAUUUAAAGGGAUUGUGGUCAGGGAUGCCAAGAGAGUGGUGGUCAUUUCUACUUCAAACCUUCAAUGAGGGGGUGGGAUGGAGAGAAUGCUCAAUCUUUUUUUCAUGGAAUAGGGUUUUUCUCUUUGUAAUUAUUUCUUUAGUUUACCUUUUGGUUGGUUGUGCAAUAUUAUAUAUUUUAAAUUAUAAUGCAUCUCCCCAGAGUAUUUUGUAGCCAGGAAAAGAAAAAAGGAAAAAAAAAAAAGAUUCUAACAGCUGUUAGUUUUGUAAUUAAAAAUGAGAGAAAAAAGACCUUUGUCCUGAACGUUUUCCAGACUUUCCGUUAACAGCAUUAAAGAGAUUCAACAGAAGCUGUAAGGUGUCUGGGGAUCUGUUCUUGUCCCCCAGGGCAGGAGGCACACAGUAAUUGGUGGCUUCCCACUUGGAGCCUAGGAGAAGGGGAAUGAGUUUGGGGAGGGGUGGUCUGGGUCCUGAGGAAGUCCCUUGUCCUCAUUCCAGACUCAGCUUGGCCUUUGAGUCACCAAGACAAGGAAUCAAGAGGCUGUUUCUACAUUCCCAGUGCUUCUGCUUUGGGAGAAAUUGCUCUUGGUCAUUUUUCUCCUCCUCUCUCCUUUCCUCCCCCUAUAUGUGUAUGAUUCUGGGGUCUAUUUUUAAUUCGCUUUAGUUAAACACCUGUAUGAAAAUCACUAAGUCAGCCGUAAUAAAAGGGAAGUCUGAAUGAGGCCCUCUGGUUCCAUGAAGAUCUUUAAAGGGAAAGAGAAGUAAGGCGGGUGUAGGUGAUAAGUAAAGUAUAGAAUAUAUAUAUCACCAUUUUGGAAGCGGGUUUUGGGGCUUGCUUUCUCCCCCUGCUUUAUUGGGGAGGACUUGCCAUUGCUUUCAUCAAGUGCUUGCUAGCCAUGGAUGCCAACUAACUUCUUCAAUCGAAGGCCGGAGGAUCAUAUCUGGUUCCAGAAGCCACUUGAGCAGGUCCUGGCAUUCGGCUGAGAUGCCCAGAUGGGUGGGGAAGGACACCCCCUUCUGCUGCUGCCACAGCAUCUUAGGGAUGUUUGUGUCAUCAAAAGGUAGGCUGGCACAGAGCAUGACAUACAGGACCACACCCAUGCUCCAGACAUCACCCUUCUUGCUGUCAUGGGGAAUACCCUGCAGCACCUCGGGGGCAGCGUAGGCUGUGCUGCCGCAGAAGGUCUGGCUCAGCUCCCGGCGUGACUUGGGCAACACCUUGGCAAAGCCAAAGUCAGUCAGCUUCAGGUUCAAGCCCUGCAGCAAGGCGUUCUCGCACUUGAGGUCCCGGUGAGCCACGCCACAGCCAUGACAGUAGCGGAUGGCCUCCACCAUCUGAUGGAAAAGGGCCUUGGCCAGGCUCUCAGGUAGUGGCCCUCCAUUCAACACACAGUCAAAGACAUCCCCUCCCUCAGCCAGCUCCAUCACCAGGUAGAUUUUCCCAUCAGCAGACUCCAACAUCUCAUAUACCUGGAUGAUGUUCUUGUGGUUCAGGGUAUGUACAAUCUGGAGCUCCCGAGGCAGGAAUCUCUGGAUAAAUUCUGAGGAAACAAGCGGGAAAACAUGGGGUAUCAAGUUCAGAAGGGCCUAACUCUUCUUUCCUGUCUCCUCUUUUCCAUUCUCUCUGCCUAUCUGCCCACUUUGUCUGGGUUUUGUGCCUUGACUCCUGUUAACAGUCUUAAAAACAUCUAGCUGCUUAGAUAUUGCAAAGAAUAUUCACUGCUGUUAUUUUUGUAGUUACUACAUUAUUCAAACGAACUCCUCCCUGCCAGCCUCAAGAACUGUUGUGAGUAGCCUAUGAGACCGUAUCAAAGUGCUUUGAGGACUUUUAGACAAAAUCAUUCAAUCUCAGGAGCCCUGAUUGCUCACAGAAUGGUGAGCCAACUCCUCUCACCCUUGCAUCCUGACCCAGUUUUUUCCGUGAGCCGUCUUCCUUUUUCCCAUCUCUUGCCACCUUCCUGGGCACCAGAUCCUGCCUCUGCUAGCCCUGGCCAUGGCCUGUCAGUCUCUGUACCCCUCCUGGAAUUGGAAAGGCCUGGCAGGCUUGGGUCCUGCCACUUUAAUUUUGGGUGUUGGGAGGGUGUAAUUUUCCCUGACUCCCAGCAUCCUCUGUUCCCCACUGACCUACCCAAGAGCCACAAUCUCUGUUGCUUUCCUUGGUUCCAGACUAAAGGGGAGCAGGGCAUGACUGGAGAAAACACCCACCCCACCUCAGCCAGCCCUUCCUUCCUCCAAAGGGGCCCCAGCUCACCUUCUGGCCCUCCCAUCUUGUCUAUAAUUUUAAUUGCCACUUUUCUUUCGUGUUUUUUGGAAAAUGCUUCUUUGACUUUUGAGUAGGUCCCUUCCCCAAUGGUCUUGCCCAGCUCGUACCCAUUGGAGAGGAGAAAGUCCUCCAUGCUGGCUAGCGUCUCCUUACUUCCUGUCACACUCCCAGCUCAUGCUGUCUCUGUGAGGCAGCUCUACUCCACCACCGCCCUUGGCCUGCGCUUUUUCCCCCCAAGGACUUCAUCCGCAGCCACCCCAGCGCUAGAACAUUCUCCUUAGGAACACAGCAGCCGUGAGUGGUGGGGAGGGAGAGGGCCGGACAUUUUCUAACUGGCCCAAUUGUGAUGUAAAUGCUGUGUGACCCCUGGCUAAACUGGCAAUGCCCCUAUCUGCCCUCACCACCACCAAACCCAGCACCAAUUAGGUCGCUGCUGUGCCCCUGCCCUGCGCCAGCAGGGAGUCGCAGCCCCUCCUUUAGGGGACGCUCCGUGGGGUCUGCGUGCCGUCCAGGAAGACUGGCUGUUUUCCGAAGACGCGCCCCACGCGACUGUUUGCCCUCGCCUGCUGCGCCCCCAUCGCGCAUCUGGGGGACGACGGGAACCGGUCUCAAGACGCAAUGGCAGGAAUCCUCCGGCUCCCGACCGCGUUAAGUGCUGGGACGGUGGAGGUUCCCCGGCGGGAAGAACGGGCUCUGUGAGGUCAACGCGCCGCGGCCCGGGUCACAAUGCAACCCUCCCCUUCGAAGCCCGGGUCCGGACGCACUGCAGACACCUGCGCGAAGCUGCCUGGACUGGAGCGUCCUUCUGCUGCCAGGGCACCUGCAGCUGCUUUCAGCCUGGAACCGGUCUCGGCCUCCCGCAGAACGCCCCGGGGCCUGGACAUGAGUGCCCAGGAGACCCCGCAGGGUCGGAGAUUACCGCUUGAGGCCGGAGAUUCCCCUGGCCUUGCCGCCGCACCCGAGUCCCAGGACAGUCCGGAGCAGGUACCUACGGAGCACAGCCCGGUCAGGCCGCUUCGACGCUGCCCCGGCUGCCACUGCCUGACGCUGCUGCACGUGCCCAUCGACGUCUACCUGGCCAUGGGCGGGAGCCCCCGGGCCCGGGCCACCUAAGUGCGCCUGCGCACGGAGGCUCCCCGGGAGCCGGGCUGUAACAAGGCCUCCCCGCGGGCCUCCACGCUGAGGUCGCGCGCGGCGAGCAAGAGACGAUGAUGCACGUUUUGAAAUAAAAGAAUGAUGCACAUUUUAAUAAAGCACAGUAUAAAUAUUCUUUCCA